ACUUAUUAAAGAGAUAUUUAAUGAAAAUUUGGACAAUGUUCAUAUUAGCAAUUAUUAUAGUGAGGAUAACGAUAGGAAUGAAGAGAAUGAAGAAGAGAACAUUUUUAAUGAUGGCAUGGAGGAUGAAUGCGAAGAAAUUAAAAUGUUUACAUAUAUUCCAACAUAUAAUACACCUCAAUCAUCUAUUAAUUAG